AUGGCGACUUUGAGUAGAAUGAUGAAUAAAGCCGCAUCUUCAGUAAUCCCGCUAGCAACCAGAACUCCUUGUAGAAACUACACCUCUGCCAUCUUCACUACCCCAUUGAAGACCAGCACCGCCAUUAAAACUGUCACCGGCAAUAGUAAUCUAUUUAGAACAACUUCAAUUCCAACUCAUCGUCAGUUCUCUGCUCUAGCUAAGAAGAAACCAGAUUUCGACGACACUCUUCUCAGAGUUGGUGAGGCACCAAGUGAGUUUCCAUUCAAGAUUGUGGAUAAUGAUGGAGCUGAAACUAUUACACUGACUAGGAACUAUCAAGGUGAGGAGAUCAAAGUCACAUUGUUCAAGCAUGAUCUCUCUGGUGAUUAUGAAGAGGGUGAUGAGGAAGACCAAGACGACCAGGAAGCAAAUCAAGGUGGUAAGGAGGUGGAAGAAGAAGCUGGUUCUCAGCCUGUUGAUAUGGUUGUAACUGUUACGAAAAAAAACCGGAGUUUGGAUGCAGAACUGCAGGAAACUUUCCACACAUAUUUGGAAGUCAGAGGUAUUAAACCAAGCAUUGCCAAUUUCUUACAUGACUACAUGGUUAAGAAAGAGCAUAAGGAAUACACUGCGUGGUUGAAGAACUUGAAGAAUUUCAUUGCCAACUAG